UGGUGUCUCCUUUUCACUAUCUUCAAUACACCUCUGUAAUUGCAAACCAUUUUCCAUCUUUCUUCAACAAUGGCUUCUUCUUCUCCAGAUCCAUUUUUUCUUCUCAUAUUUUUCACUCUUUUCCUCACCAUUUCCACUUCAAACUCACUUUCUUCCUCUUCCCCAUCACCCCUUUCUUCUCCAUCUCCAAAACCAUCUCCUAUUUCAUCUUCAUCUACUCUUGACCCAAAACAACUCAAAGCUCUACAAUCACUCAACAUCCCAACAGGCAAAACCCCAUGUUCCCCAUCUCACAAGACUACCACUAUUUGUGAUUCUUCAACCCCAUUUAGUCACAUUGUGUCAUUAAACUUCAUUAACUGUUCAGAUGAUGUUGCAUUAUCACUUACUGCUUUGAAAUCAUUGUCUACAGUGAAGGAUUUGGGGUUUUACAAUUGCCCAAUUUCACCUAUUAGGUUACCUUCUCAGCUUGCUUUGAAUCUGAAAUCUUUUACUUGUGUUAGUAGUUUGAAGAAAUUAACUGGGGUUUGGCUUAGCAAAUUGGUUAAUGUUACUGAUUUAACUGUUUCUCAUGUUUCCAUUGUUGCUAGUGGUCCAUCUAUAAUCAUGAAUAGUAUAAAGAAUUUGCACAGUGUUACGAUUUCGAAUGCUAAUCUUACGGGCUAUUUGCCUAAACAUUGGCAUUCGAAUCUUAGUUAUGUCGAUUUGUCUGGGAAUAAACUGAAAGGGAGAAUACCCACUUCGUUAACUGAGCUGGAGAAUCUUGUUUACCUCAAUUUGUCUUCGAAUUCACUUAAUGGAACAAUCCCUGCUUCGUUUGGUGAUUUGUCUUCUUUGCAAAAUGUGUCUUUGGCUUCGAAUUCGUUGUCUGGAUCUGUUCCGGAUUCGUUUGCUGCUAUUCCGGGAUUAGUUCAUCUUGAUUUGGGGUCUAAUCAGCUAAAUGGGACUAUCCCUAAGUUCAUUUCUGAUAUGAAAGGAUUGAAGUAUUUGAAUCUUGAGAGGAAUAACUUUCAUGGUGUUUUGCCUUUUAAUGCUUCGUUUAUAAAGAAAUUGGCUGUGUUAAAGUUGGGAGAAAAUUCGAAUCUUUGUUAUAAUCACUCGACAUUGUCUUCUAAAGUUAAGCUUGGGAUUGCUCCUUGUGAUAAACAUGGGUUGCCUAUGUCACCUCCAGCAUCAAAGGAUAUAAAUUCAGACGAUACCGAUGAUUCUGAUGAUUAUGCUGAUGAUGAGAGUCAGCACCAGGAACAUAGCCAUGGACCAAGUAAGGUUGUUCUUGGUAUUUCCAUUGCACUUUCCUCGAUUGUAUUCUUAAUUAUUUUCUUGAUUUUGUUGGCUAAAUGUUGUAAAUGAGUAUAAAAAUGAAAUCUUGGUUCGUUUAGUUUAGGAAAUUUCUUAAUUGGAUUAUGAAAUUCGUUAAGUUAAUUAUACGUUUGUAUCUUAUUAGAAGUAGAAGAGAUGACUACUUUAUUUGGUGUGAUUCUUUUGAACAAGUUAAAUUGCUGGAGGAAGUGUAUGAUGGGAGACAUUGCCUAUAAAUGAAAAAUUUUCUUUUAUGUAUGUAUUUUGGAUUGA